CUUGCUUGCAGGUAGCGGUUCAAUGCCCCAGAUUUAUUCGCAGCUCCAAGAGGAGCUGGCAAGACCCAAGCUGCCUUCUCUCCUCAUUCUGAGCUGCAGUAGGAGACUUGGAGGCUUGUGUCUGGACUGCUUGAGUUUAGCCAUGCUGUGUAUUGCAGAUAUGGUCUGACGCCAUGUCCGAUCUGCCUGGGAGACCCCCAGGAUCCCGUCAAGCUGCCAUGCGAUCAUGUCUUCUGCCAGAACUGCAUCAAACAGUGGCUAGCACCAGGCCAGAUGAUCUGUCCAUACUGCAAAGUCAACCUCCCAGAUGCCUAUAAUGUAACCGUCUCCAAGACACUCAGUGACGCUAUCCAGAAGAACGCCAAGUUUCGGCAGAUGUGCAACAGCUUCUUCAUAGACCUGGUUUCCACCAUGUGCUUCAAGGACAAUGAACCGCCAGAGAAGGACGUGAUUGAGGGGCUGUUAGGGCUGCUGUUUGCUCACCGGAAGCCUUUCACAGUUGGUAUGAUGGAGCACCAGGCUGUGUACACAAAAUCGCUCUCGCCGUUCGACGACGUGGUGGACAAGACGCCUGUCAUCCGCUCCAUUGUGCUGAAGCUGCUAUUGAAAUACAG